AUGGGAGGUUGCGUGUCAACGCCUAAGAGCUGCGUAGGAGGCAAAUUAAGGUCAAGCAAGAGGAGAAAGAAUCGGACAAGACGAAAGAUUCAGAAAAAGAGAGUUGUCUCUUCUUCUCGCUUAUCUGACGGAUCUUUCGAUAAUCACGAUCGUCCCUCCUCCAAUCCAACUCUCCGAGCAAGCGUUGAUGAAGCAUGGUUUGAUUCAAAUCUGGCCUUUGAAACAGAUUGUGAUGAGGAUUUUCACAGUGUUGAAGAUGUUAUGUCAGUAAAUGGAGCUGAGCGUAUCUCAGUAUCGAGUAUGUCAUCUGUUAGAGACUCUAACGUUGACGACACUAAGCAUCAGCAGCAGCCUGUGUUCAUAGACGAGAUAUCUUCAAGUGCUGAUGAUAGCUCAAGGAAAGACGAAGGAUUGUUGGAAAGCUGUGGGAUUCUUCCGAGCAAUUGCUUGCCUUGUCUUCAUUCCUCGACUGCGACUGUUCCUUCUAUCGAAAAGCGAAGAUCUUUGAGCUCUAGUCCUCCUAGUAAGAAAGCUGCCACUAAACUAUCUUUCAAGUGGAGAGAAGGUCAUGGUAUUAGUCCUAUGUUUUCUCCAAAAAUGCAGCUGCAGAGACCUAUUGCUGGUUCUCAGGUUCCUUUUUGUCCUCUAGAGAAGAAAAUGUUCGAUUGUUGGUCUAUCAUUGAGCCAAGUAGUUUCAGAGUUCGUAGCAAAACUUACUUCAGAGAUAAGAAGAAAGAGUUUGCACCAAACUAUGCUGCAUAUAAUCCAUUUGGUGUUGAUGUGUUCUUAUCGCAACGUAAAGUAAACCAUAUAGCACAAUACGUGGAGCUUCCUGUUGUUAAUACAGCCUCAAGCAAGCUCCCAUCGAUUCUCGUUGUAAAUGUUCAGAUUCCAUUGUAUCCUGCUGCAAUCUUCCAAGGUGAAACUGAUGGAGAAGGAAUGAGUUUUGUUUUAUACUUUAAACUUUCGGAUAACUAUUUAAAGGAGCUUCCUCCUCAUUUUCAAGAAAGCAUUCAGAGAUUAUUAGAUGAUGAAGUAGAGAAAGUUAGAGGCUUUGCUACGGAUACUAAUGUACCAUUUAGAGAACGGUUGAAGAUCUUGGGGCGUGUUGCGAAUGUGGAUGAUCUUCAGUUGAAUGGUGCGGAGAAGAAACUCAUGAAUGCUUAUAAUGAAAAACCUGUGCUUUCUCGCCCUCAGCACGAGUUUUAUUCGGGUGAAAAUUACUUUGAGAUUGAUAUAGAUAUGCAUAGAUUCAGUUAUAUAUCGAGGAAAGGAUUUGAAGCAUUUUUAGAUAGGCUCAAGCACUGUGUUCUUGAUGUUGGACUUACAAUUCAGGGGAAUAAACCGGAGGAGUUACCGGAGCAGAUUCUGUGUUGUGUCCGGUUAAAUGGGAUUGAUUACAUGAAUUAUCAUCAGUUAGCUGUUAGUCAAGAUUUUCUAUGA